AUGGGUUUUCUCCUCGGAGUUGCCCUCACGGCGCUCCUGGCGAGCUCGUCCGUCAAUGCUGGUUCCCUCAAGGAUAUCGAGCAUGUCGUGAUCUUCAUGCAGGAGAAUCGAGCCCAGGAUACGUACUAUGGCACCAUGGCGGGUGUUCGUGGCUUCGCCGAUCCUAACGUCCAGAUCAACCCCGAUGGACAAUCUGUUUGGAACCAAACUGUUGAUCCCAACAUGUCCGACCGGUCUAGCGGCCUGUUUCCUUUCUACCUCGGUUGGAAGGGCGGCGAGACUCUGGAUGCCAUCCAGUGCAUGGCGGCCGGUGAUAACGGCUAUCACGCUAACCAGGCUGCCUACAAUCACGGUCUGAACAAUGCCUGGGCAACUAAGAACACGCCAUGGAGCUGGGGCUAUUACAAGCGCGAAGAUAUCCCUGCCCAGUUUGCCAUUGCUGAAGGAUGGACUUCCGCCGAUAUGUAUCAGGAAUCUCAAAUCACUGCCACCAACCCCAACCGCGGCGGCGUUUACAUUGACAACAAUGAAAUGCCUGGUUGUGAAAAGCCGGGUGUCAGCUGCUAUCCCCUCAAAUGGAAGACCAUCUUCGAAUUCUAUGAGGAUGCCGGUGUCUCAUGGCAGCUGUACCAAGACACCAACAACUUUGACGACAACCCCUUGGCUUGGUUCCAGCAGUUUCAACAAGCCAAGAAGGGCAACCCUCUUGCUGAUAAAGGAAUGUCCUUCGUGGGACUCGAGAAGUUCUACGAGGAUGCUGCCAACGGCACUCUUCCCAGAGUCAGCUUCAUCGUCGGCCCUACUGAGCUCUCCGAGCAUCCUCCUUACCGGCCAAUGGACGGUGGCUGGCUACAGAAAAGAGUUACCGAUGCCGUGACAAGCAGCCCCAAGUACUCUUCAACUCUGCUGAUGAUUAGCUUUGACGAAACUGGUGGCUUUGGUGAUCAUGUAACACCUUUCCACUCGCCCCAAGGCACGGCUGGAGAGUGGAUGACAGACCCAUAUGGAGACUUUGGCGAUGUUUUUUCAGGGCCCGGUUUUCGUGUUCCCUUUAUCAUGGUCUCUCCGUGGACUCGUGGUGGCCGUGUCUUCACUGAGCGCUGCGAUCACAACUCACAAAUUAUGUUCAUUGAGCAGUGGCUGACUGCUCUCGGCUACUCGGGUGUUCAAACCGACCAAAUGGUGCCAUGGCGUCGUGCCCACAUGUCGAACCUGAUCAGCGCUCUAGAUCUUGAUCACCCCGAUUAUUCCCUACCCAAUCUUCCGGAUAUCCCCACUCCGGAGACCGAUGGGAAUGGCAACUUUGUGGGCACAUCGCGCUGCCAAUCGCGACACAGUCAGACACGCCCUCCGGUUCCAUACGGCGAGCAGAGCAAUCUCUCCGAUUCCCUCUUUUUCGAGGAUGGCUACAAGGAGGUUGUAGGAUAUCUGACUGAAGGCCGUUAUUUGGUCUUCAGUAAAAAUGGCUACGCUCUGCGAGCACAAAACAAGAAAUGGGAUCUUGACACAGGUAAACCAGGUCAUCUUUACGACAAAAAGGAAAGUCGCUGGAUUUUGCAUUACACCGAAGAUGAAGAGAGCGAGAUCUUCACGCUCGAGAACGCACUUGACGGUCGCUGGCUCGGACCUCGUGGAGAAUUGCAAGCCCCGGAGGCCCGAAGCUCUGCUUCACAGAUCCGCAUUACUUUCCUCGGAAAUGGCUUGGGCUAUACUCUGCGGUACAUCGAGGGUGGCGAGUAUCUCGACAUUGACAACUUGGGCAACCUAGUCCUGCACAAUUCAGAUAGUGGAUUGGGCCAGGGAUUCGGUGUCGUCAGCGUGACCUAUCACGACUAA